UUUAUAAAAUUUUACAGACUAUAAUAAUAAUAUUGAACAAAGUUUCAUUGAAUAAAAUAAUAUUAUAGUAAAACAAAUUGUAUACAAUAUUAUAUACAAUUCAUUUGCUUUCCUAUUGAUAUUCCACUGGAUUAUUACAUAAUAAUGAAUUUUAUUAGAUUGUAUGUAACAUUUCUAUCAAACAUUUUUAAAGCAAUUCAAAUUUGGAUAAGCAUUUCAACGAAUGGAAUACUAAAUUUAGACAAUUUUCUAUCUAAGAAAUAUUAUCAUAUAAAAAAUAUGGAAAGUUAAAAAAAGUAAGUAGAUCCAAAUAUCAUAUUCCCACACAUAUACACAAUCAACAUGAUUAAACGUAAUGAUUUUGGCUCCAGACAAGGUUGAAAAACAAUUCAACCAACAAAUAGGACAAGGAUAUAAAUCAAAAUAUUUAUGUACUAUUACUAUAACAAAACAACGAACUUGUCAAACACGUAAAACAAAUUUUAUUAGUAAUCAAAAAAUUUCACAUUCUAAAUUGUUUCUAUGUCAAUUAUUUAGUGUUUUUAUAUUAUCAAUUAUCAAUAUUGAUUGUACAAUUGUAGUACGUUUAGAAAUGCAUGAAGAACAACAACAAAAUACAACACUUAUUGGAGUAUUAAUCAAAUAUAUUCCUAAUUAUAUUAUUGCAGAACAUAAACAUUUGUUAUUUAGACCAAUUAAUAAAGAUCAUGCAUAUUUAUUUCAUGUAACACCAGAAGAUGGUAGAAUCUAUGUAAUAAAACGAAUUGAUCGUGAAGAAUUAUGUCCAUACAAUGAAUUCAAUUAUCAUCAACAUCAUUUUGUAGAAAUAUCAUCGAAUGUACAAAUUCAACAACAAUCUACAUUAAAUAUGUACAAUGUUUCAUAUUCACAUGAUUGUCGAUUAACAUUUGGUGUAAGUUUAAUUAAAAUAAUAAAUAAUAUAAUAGAUAUCAUUGAGGUAAUUCGUGUUCAUAUAACUGUAAAUGAUAUUGAUGAUAAUUACUGUACAUUUACACCUGAUUCUAAGCAGACUAUUUACUUACCUGAAGAUAUUAAACCUCGUUCUCAUAUUAACAUACCACUACAUCAACCUUUAGAUCUUGAUGCUCAUCCAAAUCAUACUGUCAGUUCCGAUAAAAUAUUUCUAUACACAAAAAAUGAAACUACCGAAAUAAAUCAAUCAGCAGUAUUUCAACCACGUGAACUUGAUUUACCAUUUAACUUAAUCAUCUUACCAACUGGAUCAUUGAUUAAGCCAUAUUUAUUAAAUCUUUAUAUAACAAAAGCACUGGAUUAUGAAACGUUAGCUGAAUAUCAUUUGAUAAUUGAAGCAAACAGUAAGUAUGGUAAGUCUAGUCAAAGAUGCUACCUUGAAUUGACUAUCAUAGUGCAAGAUAGAAAUGAUUAUAAGCCAUAUUUUACAACGAAUUAUACAGAAAUUAACAUCGCUGAAAAUUUCAAUACAGCGCUACCAAUAUACACAUUUUCAGCGAUUGAUUUAGACUUGGGAGAUAUAUACAGCAAAAUAAUUUACGAACUAGAUUCCAAAGCGCCAGAUUUAAUUAAAACAACCUUUUUCAUAAAUCCUAAUAAUGGUUCUGUAUAUCUUAAAAAUAAACUAAAUCACAGAUCACGUUCAAUUUAUACUAUUCCAAUUAUCGCAAGAAAUCCUUACAGUUACGAAGUGAAUGUUUCAAAAGAGUCAAUUAAAAGUCAAUUAAAUGAAGAUAACUCCAUUUCCUUCAGUCCAAAACAAAUUGAAACAGAUUCUUUUUCAACUGCAAAGUUGAUUGUAAAGGUUAUCGAUGUUAACGAUAACUCCCCUGUAAUAACAUUCCAGUCACUUGAUGGGAAUACAACAUUAAGUAUACCCGAACAUUCAAAGAAUUUACCAUUAGAUUUUGCUAUCAUUUCGGUAACCGAUGAUGAUGACGGUUUGAAUGGCAGAAUCUCAUGUUUUCUCAAAGAAAAGUACAGGGACCAGUUUAAAUUAACAUCAAUAAUUACUAACAGUAAUAUCGAGACAUUGGCUAGUGUUGCUAAUAGCGGCAUAUCUAAAAACCAUGGUGGUGAAAUGCAACUUGAAAAAAAAAUGUGGUCGCAAUCAGAAAUGAUUUAUAAACUUUCUGCAACCGUGUCGUUUGAUCGUGAACAGAUUGAUUUUAUUAAGUUGAUAGUCGAAUGCCAUGACCAUGGAAAACCAUCUCUAAUGUCAAGUAAAGUAAUAUACGUUGAAAUUACUGAUAAAAAUGAUCAUAAACCUAUGUUUAAUUCCAGUGAAUUACAAUUAGCAAUAAUGGAAGAUAGCGAUCCAAAAAGGAAACAGAUGCAUUAUGAAGUUAUAAAACUUUCAGCUACAGAUAAUGAUACUGGGAUAAACGCUAUGAUAAAGUACUACAUAGUAGAUGAUCGUACAAUUGCUAAUCACUUCCACAUUAAUGAAUUAACUGGGCUUAUUCAAUCCAAGGGUAACUUGGAUCGAGAAAUAUGUGAUCGCUAUGAAUUUACUGUUGUUGCACGAGACUGUGGUCUACCAGCUUUAUCGAAUUCAAUCAAUAUUCAGAUUAUCGUACGUGAUUACAAUGAUGAACAGCCUACGUUCGCAAAACAAGUAUAUGAAUUUCAUAUGACUGAAAACAAUCCACCAAAUCAAUAUAUUGGAAGUAUUACUUGUUCAGAUAAUGAUCUAGGCAGUAAUGGCUUAAUUCACUUCGAAAUUGAAUCAAUGCCUUAUAACAAACACACUCAUCAUGGUAGCGAGUUGUCGUUAUCUAUAUCUUCAUUGUCGAAAGCAGCGAAUUCAGCAAAUGGAAAUCUAGUUAAUAUAUCAACUAAAUUGCAUUUACCAUUUGAGUUACUUAGUUAUUACGACACACAAAAAGGUAUUUACUUAGUAAAGAUAUAUACGAAGAGUAAAAUUGACCGUGAAAAGUUAAAAGAAAUUUCAGAAAUACGAAAAUCAUCUACAUCCUCAUCUCAAUCCUCGUUAUCAUCUACAUUAUCACACAAAUCUUACGGAAUGAAAACUAAAAUUUCAAAAGUGAUUGAUAAGACAGACAUUGUUGUAUAUAAAUUUUGGAUUGUAGGUGAAGAUCAAGGUCAACCUCAACAACGUGGACGUUCAUUAAUACACAUUAUUGUCGAAGAUGAAAAUGAUAAUGAACCACAUUUUAUCUUACCAAAACAAGAUCACACUAUUAUUGAACUUUCAUACUUAGAAAUAAUACGAUAUCCGAUUAUUAAAUUACAUGCAAUUGAUAACGACGCAGGUAUAAAUGGCACUGUCAGGUAUGAAAUACAUCAGGUAACACGAGAAGUUAUAAAGAACAAUAACGUUAAUGAUCAAAUGAAAACUAUAAAAGAUUCAUUUGCUAUGAAUCAAUCGGUUAAAAAUUAUGAAUUCUUAAAAAAUUCUUUAUUUUCAUUAAAUCCAUUGAAUGGUUUAUUACGUUUAAAUACACAGUUCUCUCUAUCAGAUCUAAACAAAACAAUAAAUAUAAAGAUAAGAGCUUAUGAUUUAGGUAUACCUAUAUCAAAAUAUUCCUACAUAACAAUUCACAUUAAGCCAGUAAACAUCACACCAUCAGAAACAAAAGGUAGUUUUGAUUACGAAUUGGAUGAUGAUUACGAUAUGGAUCAUAUGGAAAAUUGGGAAGGUAAUCAUCUUACCUAUUCAAAAUGGAGUAAUCAUAACCGUUUUUCUUUAAAUAAUUACAUAAUCUUGUCUACAGUGGUGGUAUCAAUACUACUAUCAAUUAUUUUAAUGUGUUCUGUAGCUUGUAUUAUUAAAUAUAGAAAACUUAAAAACAAUUCAGUAAUCCACAAUUCAAAAAAUACUAACGAACUCAAUGAAAGCAAAGGAGAUUAUUCUUUCAAUGAGGACGGAUUUCAGAAUAUAAAAAUGAGUCCGAUUAGAACGAAACUUAUGCACGAUGACAAUAUUCAUAAUAUUGAUUCAUUAUUACCCAACUUAAUAAGUGAUAUCCCAAAUAAUUCAAUUACAUCUUGUGACAUUACGCCUACAGUAAAUUAUGCAACAUUACAAUAUAAUACAUCACUUUCCCAAUAUGUAAAUAAUUAUUAUGAAACAGCAAAUUCCACACUUUCUUAUUCCUCAACUACACAAGCUACUGUUCUUCCACAACCUUUAAUUGUACGUUUAGAGCCUAUUUCUACAAAUUUUUUAACUAACAAUUGUGUACAACCAAUAAGCAUAUUGUAUUCUACAAAUUCUAAAGAACAAAUUAAUUUGAAUCCAGUAAAUCCUUUUACUUCUACAUGUUAUCCAUCCACAUCAAAUACUAAUCGUUCCAGUAAUGAUGAUAAAUUUAUUGAUGUAACUAAUGAAAAGUUUGAAGAUUUACAUGUAGUCUAUGACCAAGCUGAAAGAAAAUUAUCCUAUUUCAAUGAGGAAAAUGUUUUAAAUAAAUAUAAUGAUUAUGAAUGGAGUAGUUUAACUAAGUCUAAAUUACCAGAAUUUCAACAAUUAUGUAUUUAUUCACAACCAUCAAAACGAAAUAGUCUCACAUCGCUUGGUCAAGAUAGUGGAAAUGGUGACAGUCUUGAAACAACAACUAUGUCUUUUAUUCCUAUAACACAAUCGAUUUGGUUAAAUAGUGCAAUGAAUGAUAUUUAUGAUAAACAACCAGUCAAUUUAUCUUUAGUUCAUGUAUAUACUCCAUUAUCUAGUGUUAAAGAAAUCGACUGUAGUAACGUAAAUAAUAAUAAUAAUUCCAAUAGCUUAACGAUCACCACCUCUAUAGCUACUACUACACCUGAGUACACCGUAAAGUAUAUGCAUUGAACAUUUUAUUGAUCACUUACUACAUAGAAUAAAAAUGUCUGAAAUAUAAAUAAAUCUAAAACAUCAACAAAUUUAUAUCACAAGGCCAAUAGAAUAUUUAACACUUAACUCCGUACAAUCAACAAUUUGUACUGUUUGAUUUUGUAAAUAGUGACUAUCUACACUUCUCUGUUGUCAUUAUAUUUGUUCAUUGUUCAUAAAAUUGAUUUAAAAAUAUGAAUAAUUGAUCUAUAAAAACAAACAAAUCAACAAGACCUAUGAGUUACAAUAAUAAAAAAGGGAUAAUAUACAUGAUAUUAAAAGAGAGUAACUAAUACUUUAUUUAUUCUGUAAAUGAUUCUAAACUGAUCUAUUCAUUCAUGAACAUUUUUUUCAUUCACUAUCAUUAUUCAUAAAUUGUAUUUACUGACAAGUGAAACAUACUGUAAAUGUGAGAGUAUGAUACAAUACUGAUGGUGAAACACUCUUCAUUAUGCAGCCUGUUAAUUAAUUCGUUAUAUUAAUCGAAAUAUAUUGAGUUGAAUUUCUGUUACAUUUUAAUUACUAAAGAGAAAUGAAACGAUAAUUUCUUUUUUUUGUUUUGUUGCUUCAUUCAUGUUUAUAGUAAAAACGUAUUCUUUGUUUUGUAAGACCUAUUUUAUAAUGUAUACAAAAAAGCUUGAUCCCAGA